AUGGCUGACAUCAAGGUGAAGCUCAGGUGCUCUCAGGAACAGUUUGUGGACAUGCUGCAGAAGUACUACACUCAGCAGUUGGUUCAGCUUGAGGAUCCUGAUGCUGUGCCUGAUUGGGUGAUGCUCAGUUUCAGGAAUGAACUCAGUCAGAUCUUCAAAGACUUCAAGGGUUACCCAAAGAUCACUCAGGGGCAAUGGAUUAGGAUUCUCAAGACAGCUCUUCAGGAUGCUCAGGAUGGUUGGCCAUCAGAGUGUAUCCCUCUUCCUCAGCCUGCCCAGCCUGCCCAACCUGCUAAGUCUGAUACAUUUGAUGCUACCCUCAGCAAGUUUCAGGAUAUGGAAAAGGAGUUGAAUGCACAGCCUGACCAUGAGGUGAUGGAGGUGCCUGACAAGGUUUUGUGGACUCAGAAGGGUGGCCAAGGGCUCUACCAGCUUCAGCCCAAUGAUCCACCUCAGGAACACAAUGGCUGGUCUCAGGAAGUGGUUCAAAGAUAUUACACUGAGGUGCUCAGAAUGGACCCAUUGCCUUGGGGUGCAUUUGUAGCUCCUCAGUUCAGACAAGCUCAGUUCAAGCCUCCUGAGCCUGAUCCACCAGCUGGAUUCUCAGCAGCAACUGCUUCUUCAUCAACAGGGAAGGGCUCAGGCAGACCUCAUCAGCCCUUCAAUGUGCUAGAUGCUGCUUUAUCAAAUAUGCAGAGAAGCUCAGUUUGGAAGCCUCAGCCUAUCAGGACUGCCAAUGAUGCUCAGGGCUAUGUCAAGUCUGAGCUCCAAAAGCUGAACAUCAAUGAGAUUGACAAGCUCCUGGACAGCUCAGAAUCAGAUCAGAAGCUCAGUGACUUGGACAAUGUACCUGACCUGAUUGAGGACAUGAAGUCCAAGAUUCUUCUACUUGAGCAGGCACUUGAAUCCCAGGAGCUCACAAUGCUUAGGCUCAGGCAACAUGCUAAGAACAUGGAAGAGGAGCAAGGUGAGCUCAGGGCUUUGCAUGCUGAGCUUCAACUCUCAGUGAAAAGAUCUCAGUCCUACUGGGAGCAGAAGCUGUCUCAGGAUCUUCUGAAUAAGGAAGCUCUGAGAAAGUUCAUGGAAACUCAUCAAAUGAGUGAACUAGAUCUCAGGCAGCUGAUGCAAAAGUCUCCUCAGAUUGAUCACAAGCCUCAGGACUCAGUGAAGGAAGUUGUGGAUGUAUAA